AUGCCGCUGACCUACUCCAUUGCGUACGGCGUCAUCGCCGGCUGCUGCAGCUACCUCACCCUCUACCUGGCAAACCUGGCGCUGGACCUGGGGGCCGUGGCGCUGGGCCGCGCGGGCCUGCGCAACGUGCUCUACGACGCCUGCCCCGAGGCCUUCCAGGACAAGCUGACACCGCCGCCGCCCUUCCACAGCCCCAGCGCGGUGCUGCAGGACCAUGUGAACCCCGAGCACGCGGCGCACUUUGCCGCCCUGGAGGGCAAGAGCCCCGACGCCGCCGCCCUCGACGACAAAGCCCGCGGCCUGCCCACCCACGACACCAAGACAACGGACUCCAAGCCGUAA